AUGAGGGCCCGGCCCCCGAGCCUGGGCGGCCUCGCCCUGCUGCUGGGCUGCGUCGCCGUCGCGGCCGCGGCCACGGUCACGGUCACGGCGGCCCCGGGAGCCCCGGGAACCACGGGAGCCACGCCGGGCGCGGACCCCGGAGCGGCCGCCAGCCACGCGCCCCCGCCGGCCGCCGCGUCCUCUCCGCCCGCUCCGGCGCCCAGCGCGACCACCGCCACCGGCGCCCCGACGACCACCCCCGCCGCACGGCCCCGGCCCAGGACGCGCCCCGCGCCCGCCCCGCGCGCCCCCUCCGCCCCCGCGGGCACUGGCCCCUCGCCCACCACCGCCGGCCCGCGGGCUCCGGCCCCCGCGACCCCCGGCUCCGCGCCCAAUGGCACCGGCGCCGCCGCCGUCACCACCGUCAGCGGCGAAACCCUGAACGCCACCGUCUCGGGGGCCCCGACUUCUGCUCUCCCCGGCAGCGGCGGCGAUGGCAGCGACAGCAGCAGCAGCAGCGUCCCCGCCCCACCGAGCCCCCCGAGCCUGCGCCCCCCAGAAUAUAAAUGUAAUUGCUCUGUGGUUGGAAGCUUGGAUGUGAAUCGGUGCAACAAGACCACAGGGCAAUGUGAAUGUCAGCCAGGUUAUCAGGGACUUCACUGUGAAACCUGCACAAAAGGCUUUUACUGGAAUCAAACUUCUGGGCUUUGUCUACCCUGUUACUGUAGUCCACAUGGCGCCCUCAGCAUACUCUGCAACAGUUCUGGGAAAUGCCAGUGCAAAAUGGGUGUCACUGGCUCUUCUUGUGAUCAAUGCCAAGAUGGAUAUUAUGGUUUCCAUGAGAAUGGUUGCCUGCCCUGUCAAUGCAAUAAUCGAUCGGCUAGUUGUGAUGUCCUCACAGGUACCUGUUUAAACUGCCUGGAAAACAGUAAAGGGGAUCACUGCGAAGAAUGCAAAGACGGUUUUUUCCAGAGUCCUGGUCCUACUGAAGAAUGUCUUCGCUGUCCUUGCUCAGCAGUGACAUCUACAGGCAACUGCAUCCUAAAAGAGGGUGAAUUGAAGCCUACAUGUGUGCAGUGCAAAGACGGUUACACAGGCCAGAACUGCAAUAAAUGUGAAAAUGGCUAUUACAAUUCUGACAGCAUUUGCGUACAGUGCCAGUGUCAUGGCCACGUGGACCCUGCGAAAACUCCUGAAGUUUGCAAGCCCGAGAAUGGCGAAUGCAUCAACUGUCUCCAUAACACCACUGGGUUUUGGUGUCAGAACUGCCUAGAAGGUUACGUCCGAGACCUCGAGGGAAAUUGCUCCAAGGAAGAAGUUAUUGUUCCAACACUCGAAGGUUCUACCAUUUUGGUUUCCAAUGCUUCCUUGACCACAUCAGUGCCCACCCCCGUUACCAAUAGUACACUCAUCCUCACCACCCCGCAGACUAUCUAUCCCGUAAGCUCUUCCGAAAACAGCACGUCAGCUCUGGCUGAUGUCUCAUGGACCCAGUUUAACAUCAUCCUGACAGUCAUCAUCAUUGUGGUGGUGCUGCUGAUGGGGUUUGUGGGGGCCGUAUAUAUGUACCGGGAAUACCAAAACCGGAAACUCAACGCCCCCUUUUGGACCAUCGAGCUAAAGGAAGACAAUAUCAGUUUCAGCAGCUACCACGACAGCAUUCCCAAUGCAGAUGUCUCGGGUUUAUUGGAAGAUGACGCCAACGAAGUGGCUCCCAAUGGGCAGCUAACGCUGACGACGCCCAUACACAACUACAAAGCUUGAGGGGCUAGAACCGUUAUCCUGGAUUGUUCGCUCUUACACUAAGUAAGAGCCUGGGCCCAGGGGCCAGACAAAGCCUGGGUAGAGUUUGCUGAGCAAGCAAAGGCAUGUAUAGUGCCUCUGCGAUUUUCAGGCACUUAUUUGGAAUGCACUUAACCUUAUUACUCUGAGUCGUCCCACGAAGACCUAGAGUGUUGACUGUCAGCAAGGACUUAACCUAAAGUAUAUUUUUGUAUUAAAUCACGUGGGAUGUUUUAGAAAGGCCGAACUUCAUAAUGUAGUCCAAACCCGCUUUGACCUCCAGAUAAAUUUCUGGGGAAGGAGCCAUCAAAUCAGUCAUAAACGGAAUCAUGGAUGUGGAUGAAGGAAAGAAAGGCUUCUAGAAGACUUCGCCUCCAUUCCUGAAACUAUUUUUUAAAGGAGGGUUAGGAAUGAUACUCGUUUUGUUGUACUAAAGGAAUAUCAGCUUUGAGGAAAAGCUAAUGUCUGGUCUAUAUCCCAGGAAAUAAUCCUUAUGGUUUCUAAGACAGGUACAGAAAGUUCCAUACUUUUUAGAAGGGCUUGACUUCUCCUUCUAGCAUUUUUGCUCAGUUAUGAGAUUAAAGCACAGAAUGAUAAGCUUCUAAUAAUAAAUAAAGGAAAAAAACACUGGGAACCGAAAGCUGAUGGACCUCCUUCGGGUCUCAGUGUGAAUGACAAAUUGUCUAAAAGUGAGGACUGUUUUUCCUGCCUCAAGAUAAACAAGGUGUAAAUAAUUAAUGUAGCAUUAUUGUAUUUGUAUCUAUUUGUAAAAAAAAAAUCAUGUCAUAUUUUAUCAUUUAGAAUGUAUUUGUACAGCAGUUAAUAGCAUUGUAAAAAAAAAUGCAGGGCUUGGUUAAAAUGUUGUAAAAUAGAUGACAAUUUUGCUAGAGCUGGGACUCUGGUCAGCAGAGGUCAUUUUUCGUCCCUGUUUGGACAUAGUUGAAAUUUAUAAGAGGUUGAAUGUUUCUAAUUUUUCUUUCCCUUUCUCCAUGUUCUUUGACUGACUAUAGAUUCAAGCAAUAGAUUUUUGUCAUUGAUGAUGAAGGUGGGACACAGGCUGCACUCUCCAAACUACUCGCCUACUUAGUCAUCAGCCUCUCUGUGUAUCUUACAGAGAUUAACAUAGGACAUAUCUUCAUUUAAAACAUGGAGGUUACAUGUAAAUGAAAGUCUUCCAAAGGAAUUAGAAAUAUUUUCAUUUCAAAGCAAAUUCAUCAGAUCAGAUCAUAUGGGACCCCAUCUUUUCAUGUCAGUGAAAUAUUUAUAACUCCCCCCCAUACACCUGCCCUAGUUGCACAAAGUCUGUCACUCACAUGCCAGAUCUGUGCCACCUCUCUCCUUGCUACAAUUCUCUAUCUUUUUGUUCUCUUAGAGGGCAGCUGUUUAGUGGCUGGGUCUUGGUUUUAGAUGUAGGUUUUCCUAGAGUUCCUCUACUGUUCCCAUCUCUCAUUAUAGUGACAGAUUAUAAAUAAGGCAGGAGAUACAGAAAUAAAAUACAGGUAUUUAUAAGAUGGGACAGUAAACUGUCCAUUGAUUAGAAUAAUAAAAACACUAAGUUAGACCUAGGAGAUCCAAAUUGACAAAGCUACCUAACUUCCCCAGAGGAAAAAACGCUGGGCUUUGGUUAUUAUUUUGUAGGAGACACGUAAAUUGUUCUCAGAGUUUGAACAGUGAUGCUCUGGAGAAUGAGCAGGCAGGUAAUAUACUG